GGUAAGACGCUGCAUCAAAGCAACAUUUGAACAGUUGACCUCGCUGGUAAAACAUAGAUCACUUGAGUAGAAAGUCCUACCUUUUGAUACUACAAGACAUCUCAAUUUUUGCGAACGAUUAUACCAUCACGACGACUUACAAAUUCUACGAAUUCGGUGAUUAUUGAGCACAAUAUUAGGACAAAGAAAGGAAGAGUCCAGGAAGACAAGGACAGGGGACAGCUAAGCAUAGUUGUUUAGGAGGUCGACUCUAAGAGGAACAGACAGAGAACAGGAAAUACCGAUUGCAAGACUUGCAAAAAUGGGCGCAAGCGUUUCGUGGCUGUCGGGGAUGUUAUUUUCGAAGAAGGAGAUCCGGAUAUUGAUUUUGGGACUGGAUAACGCUGGAAAGACCACACUACUAUAUAGGUUGAAGAUUGGGGAAGUGGUAACUACAAUACCAACCAUUGGCUUCAAUGUGGAAUCGGUGACGUACAAAAAUUUAAAUUUCAAUGUUUGGGAUCUUGGAGGGCAAACAUCAAUUAGACCAUAUUGGCGCUGCUACUACGCCAAUACGGCUGCGGUAAUAUUCGUUAUUGAUUCUACGGACAUUGAUCGAUUAGGCACUGCAUCAGAAGAAUUGGCAGCAAUGUUGAACGAGGACGAGUUGAAAGAUGCUGCACUACUGGUAUUUGCGAAUAAACAAGAUCAACCGGGAGCGAAAGGAGCGGGUGAGAUUUCCGAGGCGUUAAGACUAGGAGAGUUAAGGGAUAGGAAUUGGAGUAUAGUGGCAUGUAGUGCCGUAGAUGGCAGUGGUGUGGAUGAGGGGAUGGAUUGGCUUGUUCAAACUGUACAACAAGAAUCGUAAUAGAGGAAGGAUAUCCAGAACACAACCGUGUGUACUAUGAUCACGAUACAUACCUAAACAUCAGUUGAAUAAUUGACGGGUAGGAUCAAACUGGAGUCCGGGGUACAAAUUUCAAGCUCCAUCUUUUUGCUACGCUCAUGGAUAUGAACAAGACUAUCAUUCUCGGAGGUAUAAUAGAUGCACAGGCGUCUUUCAGCAUCUACAUCUGGGCCGGGAGCACUGUAUUUGAAUCUUUAUUUGUAAUUGAGCACCUUAGAUUGAUGGAUUAGUGAUGAAUUCAUCUUGACACUUAUGACAUCGAUCUGGCCAAAGGUCUAAUCUAGCUACCUGAGUCUGAAAGCUA